AACGGCACUCAGCGGCGAGUCAGCAACUUGACAUACGGUAAUAGCAAAUUUCCCGAAGUCUAAGUGGAUGGUUGUGAGAUCGUAGCAGAUCUUACUUUCUGGAAUAUUGUAGUCUAGAAUUUUUCUGACUUCUGGCUUGACGCGGGAAAGUUUACAGCAUGAAAAUUGCGGAGAGCACAAUUUUUAUCACGGCAGUUUUAGCUUCUGUUGCUGGUUUUCGUGGAGUUUCAAGGUCACACUCAAGCAGACAUCUUCCCCUCUACAGCUACAACAAUCCGUACGCCCAAAGGUAAGCUUAUUACAGAGUGCGGUUUAUUCUUGGUGUGAUAUAAAAAUGACCGUUCUUCCUAAACUUAGUAAGCGUCCCCUUGAAAGUUCUGAGAUGUAAAUUUUAACUGGCUUAAUAUUCAACUCAGUAAUGCAUGUUUUUCAGCUCAUCGUAAACUCAGACGCAUUGAAAAAAGGAUUAAAAUUGUUACGUCUUGCUGUUUUGUAUAAGUUAACUCGCGAGUUUCCUUUUCCCAAAAUAAAGAACAAACUUUCUUGCGGUGACUGAAACGUUUCAGGAGAUAAUUGCUUUCAUAUUGACACCAAAGCGCGAAAAUUCGCACCAAAAUAAAGUGUUUUAACGCCUGCCAGAGUCUAUUUUCCAUAAAAACAAAGAAGGUGCGAAGCAACUACAGUUCACGCAAACCUUGAAUUCACGCAAUAUCAAACGUGGUGUGGUCAGCAUCAUAUGCACAAGGCCCGUCAUAUGUCCUGCAACAUUCUGACACCUCUAGGGUAGCAUUGCAAGACAUGUAGGGCCUUGAAAAAACUGACUUAUGCUUUUUCAUGAAUGGAACUGAUGAGUACAAAAGUGUGUGAUUAUCGCUGGUUAUGACAGAAAAAACCCGGCGCCAUAAAUCAUCAGAGUUUCAAUUUGAAUUCUUGAAACAUUACAGAUUCUGGUUUGUGUUUUUGGGCGUACCGAACUUCCAACCUUUGACAUGCGACAGUAAAGUUUCAUUAUUUUCGUGACGAAAGAGGAGAAAAAUGAAUUGUCUAAUACGAUAUCCUUGUGACUCGAAGAAAUACGAAAAGAAUAAUUUAACCUAUCACUCCUGAAUCACGCCAUGUGGCGUAAUUAAACAGAACUGUAUGGAAUACUGAUAUGAGCCAGCUGAGUCAAGUUUCCGGACAAAAAGGGAAAAAAAAACCGGGAUAAUUCAUAAACAAUCGCUAAAGAGAGAUGACACUAGGAAUUUGACUUUUUGUGACUAUUAUUGGUUUUGCCGGAAAUUUUGUUUUGGCUCUAAAAUCAGACGAAAUGGUCAAGAGUCUUUGUUCUGGGAAAGUUUGUAUUUGGCGCAAAGACGUCAUCUUUAUGCGGAGUCCGCAGGGUCGGAUCCAGAAAAUUCAGAUAGCGGUGGCCGGGAAACUUGCCAGCUAUAUGGAUUCCUAUUAUUUUGCUACCGUAAUUGAACAAAUAAUACAAAAAUCAACAGAAAAAAAGGACGGGUGGAGGCGCCCCCUCGGCCAUCCUCUAAAUCUGCCCGUGGUACCGAUGGGGCUUUACAAUCCUGUCAUCUCGGUGGUUAUUCGACAGCAUCCACCAUCUCAUGCAUGUAUACUUUGAAUCUCGAAUCUCGACUCAAUUUUUUUUCCGUUCCCUGCUCCCCAGUGUUCCCCGUUUAAAUAUCUUUCCCUGUGGCUUUUAAAUCCCCAAUCCCUGCCUUCAAAUGAGGCAAGUCCCGGAUACCAAACAGCCUACUGAUCAAAGUUGUCACACUGAGCUCUUCCUCACUCAACUCAAAACUGCACUCGAUCAUAAAACGGAAAAAGUGAAAUUUUCGAGGCCUUUCGGAGCGCUAAGAAUUAGCUAACACAAGGCUCUUGUGGAAUAAGUUAGCUGCUUUUCCGUAGAAAUGCCUGCUGCGCGUAGAAACUAAGAAUUACGUGAACAGUACAAAGACCGCAACUCUGGAGCGUUUUACAUGAACCAACCCCAACUGGUCGUCCCCGCUAACUUUUUAAAAGAAAAUCGAAAAGUCACACGGCUAUCUGCACUGUCAGACUCUUGUUAACCACCGAUGUAAUCUGUCGUAGCCACUAAACUAAAAGGAGGGUAAUUACUUGUUGUUAUCUCUUGAAGAAAGAUAAAUUAUGAUAUUAUGACCUCCCUGAAAGUAUUGAUUGUGGAAAGCUACACAGGAUAAUAUAGAUAAGACCACUGAUUUCAGGAAAGAAAAGAUAUCUUGUUUCUGUCACUAUUGAUGUCUACCACUACUUUUUACACAGAAUAGAUUUUCAUGUAGGUCCUAUAUAUAAAUAUGACUGAGUCACUUAGAAUUAAUAUUCCUUUUAAUUUCUGUCUCCACUUAUUCUAAGCGCUUUUUGGGAGUAGAGAAUAUAAAUUUUGGCCUGAAAGUUAGACGUUAGUACAACCUCUUUGUUUUGAGCGCUUAUAAUAGCAUUUUACGCAAGAAAAAGUAAAUCAUUAUGAUUGUUCCUUGCCUUUGUGACAAACGACUCUCGCACGAUCUCUCACCCCCUUCAGAGGUUCUUUGUGUCGUAGACGGAAAAAAAAGCGCGCAGGGGACGACGGGAAGGGGAACUCCCCUUCCCGUCGUCCACAACGCGCUCACUAAAACCCAGGCGGAGUCUCUGCGGAGGAGAGAGUGCAACCGACUCGUCCUUAGGCCAGAAUAUUCGAAUUUCCCCGCCUCCUCCCUAUCAGAAAGGAGAAGAGGAAUGCAACUCCCCUAAAACAAUUUUUAAUAUCGUUGAAUGAAGUGAAAGUGAUAAAGUGAUAUAAUAGCCAUUUCUGAAAUCGGUUGCAGCCAACACGGUUUCCAAUCACAAAGGCUGGUACUCGAUCCUUCAAACAAGUUACCGCUGUACAGACGUACCGGUGUCAAGGCACCAAGUCCUCAAAUACAAAGCCAAGAGCCUAGUACCCAGGCACCAUCCCAGGGUAACUCGGCCUCUAGCGGACAGUACUGUAUUUACCAGAAACCCAAGCAAGUGACUUGUAAUGUAGCGCACAUGAAAAGAGUGACUCACCAGUUCAAGUACUAUUGUGGAACACAAUCUCAGCAAAAAGUUUGCACUGGUCACAGGUGUGUAAUUAGUAUUACUGAGUUAGACCAUGAACAAACGCAAAACACUUGGGCGCAAAUGAUUCAUUACUUGAAUUCAAGUUCUACAUGCUUACUUUUUUUGAAAAAGAAGUGAAUGGUUAUUUCUUUGCGUUCCCCAUUGUUUCCUGCGCCUAAGACUUGGUUGCACGUUCCAUGACGUGUGACACUGGUUUGCAACUUGGUUACAUUUUACGGCCCUUGAUUUUCCCGCCUCCAGCUACUCGGUCCGAAGUCACGUAUCGCGUGUGGUAUGGAAGCGUUGCGUGACUCGUGCCACAUGACUGCCAAAACAACCUGUCCCGUUCAGAUAGUGGGGUAUGGCACAAAGUCAAAGAGCGGGUCGCUGCUCCCUGCUCACAUCUCUUCGCGCCGUUCCCGAAAUCUGAACGCCUGGAACAGGCUUCCCCGAAGAAGACAAGUAGAAGACAUUUGGUUAGCAAAUAAUUGCAUGUUAUGGCCCGUGACACUGGUUGCAUUAUUUCACGCCCUUGACAACACAGUUUGCACAGUUUCUCAGGCUAAAAUUAGCAAGUUUCCCGUACUUGUAAUUUUUUGUCUUCCCGCAGCUUUUGAUGCCUCUGUUGCAUUAUUUGCGUUUGUUUUUGUUGGCAAUAGUAGUGGUUUUUAGUCCAUCUUUGAAACUCCAUGUACGACCAAUUUCCCAAAGCACUACAAACCCCGGCUACAGCCGAAACCUCCCGUUAACGAUCACCUCUUGUAAACGACCGUAACAACUUCUUGGAGCAUCAGUUUUAUAACUUUCCAUCGUUUUAAACCUCAACUGAAGCAUGGUCUGAAAUCUUAGAUUUUGCUGUAUGCACUACGAUUUUCAUAGUAUACGUAUAGAAAAAACUGCUAGUGACAACAUGGAACUGUGUAUUUCGUAAAUUGCAUGCAAUAAAUUCUCUUUUCAAAUUUAAUAACUUGAUACCACUCCUCUACUCAGAAGUUCGGGAGCAAGUCACCGAAAAUCCUUCGCGAAGAAAAUACCCUGAGGAUAAAGAAAAUACCCCGCGCAUAACAAUCCCACCAGCUACGCAGGCUGUACUCGGAAAAGAGCCCCGUGGAUCUAUUCUCGUAAGCGACCACCUCUCGUGAGCUACCGCUAAAUCUUCGCAUUUAUAGCGUCGCUUAUAAGAGGUUCGACUGUAUUUUCAGGGUAACCUAUCGUCCGCAGUAUAAAAUAGAGGUGAGAACAGUGAUUACAUCGGUCAAAGACUGUUGUCCCGGCUUCACAGGAAAAGAUUGCAGUCAAGGUGGGUGCUAUUCUAUCAAAGUCAGUUCCAAGUAAGAUUUUUAUCAUGACUUUCAUUUACAUCAAGCCAUCAACUGGAGUGCUUCUGUUUCAACAGCCUGUUUUAAUUGCACCAAGUUUCUUCUGCUGGAAGCCAGGUUAAAAGCCUUGGAACAGGUUAGUAAUGUACGAAGAUGGAAUUUCAAGGGAAAACAUGAAUAAAACUAACAAAAUGAUAAAGUGUCCCGGCGUCGUUCUCGCGUGUCAUUUCGUAUGUCGCUCGCGCGUGACUUCUCGGAGAGCUUGCACGCCGGUUAACAGACGAGCCAGGUGACUGGCAGGUAACCCGCGUUUAGACUGAAGCUCAGCAUGCAGCAAGAUGCCGACCAACUGAAGUAGCUUUUCUCUUUUUAAAAGAGUCUGUCACUAUGUCUUUGAGCUCAGCUGAAAAUACAAAUGUAGUUUCAUUUUUUGGGAUGUUCCGUUAGAAACUGCCUUUUGCUUUGAUUUCACUAGCUUAUUUAUUGGUUGAUUCAGAUUUGUAGAGAACCAGUUACUGAACUCUUUGAUUUGUGGUGGUUGUUUCGCCGUUUCAAAUUUUAGAUCAAACCCUCUACCUCUAGCCGAUACAUGCAAUGGACGCC